AGAAAUGCUGCUCACUGCACGGUUACAAUACGCAAACACGCUUUCCAGGGCUUUGCCUGCUCGCCUCGCCGGGACAGAGUCACUUCGCGUUCAUCUGGCCAGACGCUUCACCACCGCUCCUCCCACACAUGAUGGCCCUCCGGUUACAGAAACAAAUCGUGCUGAGACAACACUGAAACGCUUCUGGAAAACUGUUGGCGUCAAGAGGCAACAGGAUGGCUUCACCGUGACAUUGGACAGUCGCCCUAUCAAGACCCCGGCUGGGAACACUUUGCUUCUUCCUACGAGCAAACAACUCGCCGCCUCGCUCAUUGCAUUCGAGUGGGAGAAUCAGGAGACGGUGCUGAAACCCCAUGCAUUGCCCAUGACGUCCAUUGCCUCCAGGGCUAUCGACUUCAUGUCGGACAAAAACACUUGCGCUGAACUCCGCGCCUCUCUUUUGGACUACCUCCACACGGAUACCAUCUGUUUCCAAAAUGAUGACCCGCCACAGCUCGUCGAGCUGCAGACCAAGUACUGGGACCCAUUGCUGGACUGGGCACGCAAAACGUUCGACAUAGACCUUCAAGUAUCUUCGUCCAUUCUGUUCAGUUCACAAUCGGAAGAAACCGCGCGUAAACUUGGAGAAAUCCUUGCCAAGAUGGACCCUUGGGAACUCGCUGUCAUGGAGCGUGCGACGUAUACGACUAAGUCGUUCAUCAUAUCCCUUGCACUUAUCAAGGGGCACCUAACAGCUGAACAAGCUGCUCUUGCCUCACAAGUCGAGGUUGCCAGCCAAAUUCAACGAUGGGGCGAAGUCGAAGAUUCUCACGAUGUCGAUUUCCACGAUGUUCGCCGACAGCUCGGCAGUGCCGCAUGCCUUUUGUAGACGUUCCGUGAUUGAUGUCCACCUCAGACCACUCCCACUAGAGCUUUAUUAAU